CGCCCCCGGGCCGCUCGGGGGCACCGACUACUCCCCAUUGGCUGGUGAUGGUCAUUUGGGGGGGGGCAGAGCGCGCUGGCAAUGUUGGGGAGCGAGUGCCGUGGUCUGAGCCACCUCCCCCUCCUCCUCCUCCCCCUGGGCCCCUCUCCCCGGCCCUCCGCGCAGCGCCGCGCCGCCUGAGAGGAAACAAAGUGCUGCGGGCGGGAGACUCGGUGGCGGUGGCGGCGGCGUGCGCGGACUCUGCUCAGCCUUCCCGGUGACCCUCUCCGCGGUCUUCCCGAGUGUGUGCGUGUUUCCUUACAAAGGGCAUUUUACGACUGAUCGGUUCAUAUUCCUCCCCUUUUGCCCUUUGUGCUGUAUUCUCUCUCCCGCCAUCGCAGGUGCUGCUUCCUCCCCACGCCGGCCUCUCCGCGUGCGCUGGUCGCCGGUGUGCCUUCGGUCCUGGCUUCGCCCCUGCAGCGCCCCCUGCUCAUUCUCCCCCGCCGAUCGCCCCGCCGCCCGCCAUGGCGACCGCGACCCCCGUGCCGCCGCAUGCGGGCAGCCACGCCAGCGGCCCUGCCACGCCGCUGAGCCCUACGCGGCUGUCGCGGCUGCAGGAGAAGGAGGAGCUGCGCGAGCUCAAUGACCGGCUGGCCGUGUACAUCGACAAGGUGCGCAGCCUGGAGACGGAGAACAGCGCGCUGCAGCUACAGGUGACGGAGCGGGAGGAGGUGCGCGGCCGCGAGCUCACCGGCCUCAAGGCGCUGUACGAGACCGAGCUGGCCGACGCGCGCCGCGCCCUGGACGACACGGCCCGCGAGCGCGCCAAGCUGCAGAUCGACCUGGGCAAGAUCAAAGCCGAGCACGACCAGCUGCUCCUCAAUUACGCUAAGAAAGAAUCUGAUCUUACUGGAGCCCAGCUGAAGCUUCGAGAAUAUGAAGCAGCUCUGAAUUCUAAAGACGCAGCUCUAGCCACCGCUCUUGGGGACAAAAAAAUCUUAGAGGGAGAUUUGGAGGAUCUGAAGGAUCAGAUUGCCCAGCUAGAAGCCUCCUUAGCUGCUGCCAAAAAACAGUUAGCAGAUGAAACUUUGCUUAAAGUGGACUUGGAGAACCACUGUCAGAGCCUUAGUGAGGACCUGGAGUUCCGUAAAAACAUGUAUGAGGAGGAGAUAAAUGAAACCAGGAGGAGGCGUGAAACACGCUUGGUAGAGGUGGAUUCUGGGAGUCAGAUCGAGUAUGAGUACAAUCUGGCUCAAGCCCUUCGUGAGAUGAGAGAGCAACACGAUGCCCAAGUGAAGCUGUACAAGGAGGAGCUGGAGCAGACUUACCACGCCAAACUCGAGAAUGCCAGACUGUCAUCGGAAAUGAAUACUUCCACUGUCAACAGUGCCAGGGAAGAACUGAUGGAAAGCCGCAUGAGAAUUGAGAGCCUUUCAUCUCAGCUUUCUAAUCUACAGAAAGAGGUGAGUAAACAUCUUCCCCGAGGAAGAAUCAAAGUUGAACUUGAAGGCCGCCUCCACCAUAGUAGGCCACCCACUUUGGAUCAGCCAAUGGGAGGCUGGGAGAUGGUCAGAAAAAUUGGAGACAAAGCAGUCAGUUAUAAAUAUACCUCAAGAUACGUGCUGAAGGCGGGGCAGACAGUUACAAUCUGGGCUGUAAAUGCUGGAGUCACAGCCAGUCCUCCCACUGACCUCAUCUGGAAGAACCAGAACUCUUGGGGCACUGGCAAAGACGUGAAGGUCAUACUGAAGAACUCCCAGGGAGAGGAGGUUGCUCAAAGAAGUACAGUCUUUAAAACAACCACACCUGAAGAGGAAGAGGAAGAAGCAGCAGCCGAAGUGGCUGCCGAGGAAGAACUUUUCCACCAGCAGGAAGCCCCAAGAGCAUCCAAUAAAAGCUGUGCAGUUAUGUGAACUUCUCAAGUCAACCGUCUUCCUCAGAGUAAGGAAGGGUGGUGAUCCUUCCCUACACGCAGUGCAGAGCCUUCUCCGAAGCACAGAGUAUUUUUAUGUCUUCUUUAUGUGAAUUUUUAAGCUGCGAAUCUGAUGGCCUUAAUUUCCUUUUUUGACACUGAAAGUUUUAAAAAAUGAACUCAUACCCAUACACUUUGUUCCAAGAUGUGAAAUAAUUGACACUGAAUUAAUGGUGUACUGUUUGGAAAGGGUCCCUCAAAUUUUUUGACAUUUUUUUGUAUGUGUGUGUUUUUUAAGUGCUUAUGAGAAGGGGAGGGGAGGGAGGGUAAACAAACCACUGUGUGUCUGGAUAUAAUUUGAAGAUUGCUCCAUCUAGACAGCAGUCUGCUCUUGAUUUUUCUCUGCUAUGUACAACGGUGCUGUGAGGGAGGAGGGGAAAGCAUUUUUCAGAACUUUUGUACUGAAGUUUUUGUAAUAAACAAGUCUACAAAUUUU